AUGCUGUUGUUCCUUGUUGUCUGGGAUCCAAAAUUUAGAGGCCAAUGCUGGCUAGCCAUCCCCGUCUGUGGUUGUGGUCGUGGUCGUCUAGCCGCCAACCUUCUAUCAGCUAACGCCACUCUUCAAAGUUCCGAGCAGCAGCGCUCGAUAGGCGCAGUGGCCGCCAUUAUUGACGAGGUCUCUUCGGCCAUUAUCAUUGCACUUGGUGCCUUUCCUCGCGAUCGCUCUAGAGACUUUCCCAGAGCCAUCGUUGAAUAA